GAAGCAUCAGUAACAUAAAUUGAGAAGAGAGGUUAAAAGAUUAGAAAGUGGAUUAACAGAAAAUAGAAAAUUAAACAAAAUGAAGAAAUAAUUAAAAAAAAAAAAUUGAACUGGAGAAGUAUUUAACUAUAUCGCAAGUUGCCGCGAGUGUGUUGAAGUUCCAAAAUAUCGUCAUUUUAAGAUCUGCGAAAAGCUCUAUACACUGCGAUUCAAUGCAAGGAGGAUCUAAUGGAGUUGGUUAUGGUCUCAAAUAUCAGGCACGAUGCAUCGCUGAUGUGAAAGCCGAUACGGAUCACACCAGUUUUCUCACCGGAACUCUCAGUCUCAAAGAAGAAAAUGAGGUACAUUUGAUUAGGCUUUCUUCAACUGGCACUGAAUUGAUCUGUGAAGGUCUGUUUUCUCAUCCUAAUGAGAUCUGGGACCUGGCUUCGUGUCCGUUCGAUCAACGUAUAUUCUCUACCGUUUUUUCGUCUGGUGAAACAUACGGGGCAGCAAUAUGGCAGAUCCCUGAGUUGUAUGGCCAGCUUAAUUCUCCACAACUAGAGAGGAUUGCGUCUCUUGAUGCUCAUAGUUCGAAGAUAAAGUGCACACUUUGGUGGCCAACAGGAAGGCAUGACAUGUUGGUUAGCAUUGAUGAGCAGAAUCUUUUCCUCUGGAGCUUUGAUACUUCAAAGAAGAAUGCACAGGUACAAUCACAAGAAUCAGCAGGUGUGCUACAUUCUUUAUCUGGGGGCGCCUGGGAUCCUCAUGAUUAUAAUGCUCUAGCACUAACAUCUGAAUCAUCAGUCCAACUUUGGGAUCUACGGACAAUGAAGAAAACGAAUUCAAUUGAUCAUCCCCAUGUCCGUAAUUUGGAUUACAAUGUGAAGAGAAAGUAUAUGCUAGUAACAGCUGAAGAUGAAUCUGGGAUACAUAUAUGGGAUCUUAGAAUGCUGAAGUUUCCAGUCCUUGACCUCCCUGGACAUACUCACUGGACAUGGACUGUCAAGUGCAAUCCUGAAUAUGAAGACUUAAUUCUGAGUGCUGGAACUGAUUCUGCUGUCAAUCUGUGGCUGGCUUCUCCUCCUAGUGGUGACAAACCAACUACAGAGAGCUUUGACUCCCCUUAUAAGCCAGUGGAUCCAUUGCUUAAUUCAUAUAGUGACUAUGAAGACAGUGUAUAUGGACUUGCUUGGAGCUGUCGAGAGCCGUGGAUAUUUGCAUCAUUGUCAUAUGAUGGAAGGGUGGUUGUAGAAUCAACAAAGCCUCAUCUUCCAAGAAAAUGAAUCAGAACAAGCCGAAAAUCUUGCAGGAGAUCUCUUUGAUUUUAUCCAGUAUGACGUUUGCAGUUCAUUUUCAUGCGGAAGCUUCUAAGCCUGCAACUUCACUCCAGAUUGAAUUUGCUUAAACGUUUGGCACAUGGUCAUUUACAUUUUUCAUUCACUUUAGUUUAUGGUCGUUAUAUCUUUGCACGUUUUAGAGGGUCAGAAAAGAGUGAUGUCACAUCUUCGCAUCUUUUAGAUUCUAUUUUCAAUGAACUUCCGACCAGGUACUCAUAAUGGGAUCCACUCAAUGAGUCAAUGUUAUUAUCCAACUAUGUCACAAGGUCACUAAAGUAGACUAUUCUUCUGUAGCCAAGUAUUAAGUUCUAUUUUGGUGACCACUUUUCCUUGAACACACAGAGAACCGGGUCCAUGACGCCCUAAUCUUUUACUGUACUCGUUUAGUUUUGCGAAAAUAUAUUAUGCUAAUAUUCCGUAAAAA